AUGGAUAUUUUAGUACUUCUUGAGGGACGAGUAGCUCCAGGUCUUAAUGGCGGAGCAGCUCCACCCCCUCCUGGAGUCAUCCCCAACUUCGAGAACCCUCCCGACGCUGGCCGCAUUGCCACUAUCGCUGUCUUCGCGGUGUGCUACCCCCUGUCAACGGCCCUGUUUGCCACACGCAUCUACUCCAAGAUUGUGAUUAUACGACAGCUGGUCCUGGAGGAUGUAAUUCGCCACGGAAUGGGCUACCACACGUGGGAUGUGGCCCCGGAUGAAUAUGCCAAGAUGCUUGAGGUAGUGUUUAUGCUCCUUUUCACUGCGGCAUACUGGAUGCUAAUCACAUCCAAGUGGGUAUACAUCACUUCGAUACUAUAUGAACCCGCGGCCUAUUUUACAAAGGUAACGCUCCUGCUACUACUUGCCCGAGUGUUUGCCGUCAACACGAAGGUAUCUAAAGGUAUUCACUACUUCAACGUGGCUCUCUUGAUUGCAUACAUUCCUCUCCUUUCUGUUAAGAUUGCACUUUGUCAGCCCAUCCAGGGUUUUUGGAAGCAAGGCGUCGAAGGAAAGUGUCUCGACCUACGUGAAAUCCUCAUUGUUGAUGUCGCGUUUGCGAUAGCGACAGACACACUGAUAUUCAUCAUCCCGAUCCCACUCAUAUGGCAACUGCGAACACCGUGGAUCAGAAGGAUAAAAAUUGUCCUUUUUCUCGGGGCUGGAGGGGCCGCAACCGCCUUUACUGUUUACCGACUGGUUAUUCUGAACAAUGGCACGGAUGUAGCUGCGACUUUUGCUAUGCUUGAUCUCUUAACUAUGCUUGAGCUUACAAUUGGGCUUGUUUGCUCAUGCCUCCCCGCCGCUAAUAUCUUGAUUGAUCGAAUUCGUAGGCCCCCCCGGCCCGCGAACAGCCCACGCACCGGCCGUUUUAACCGACGAGAAAACGGUAAACGUAUCCCAUUUACUUGGAACUGGCUUGAGGUGACUCUACCAGACGAACAGUCACAGUCUGGGCGGAGCGAGAGGCAGCUGAGUGCCACAGAAGAUGGAGGAUUAUCUACGCAUAAUGCUACGACAGUAGAAUCGCAGCCAGAGAGGACUCGGACGUACUCGAACGCUGAGGAGACUCAAGAGCGAAUUGAAUUCAACGACUCCGAGAACAUAUUGCACCAAGGAGACGGCGACAACAUGCCAUCGAAUGGCCGUUGUUCUCCCUGUGGUGAUAACUCCGCCUGUAAUGGACAUCGUGAAGGGUGGCUUUGUUCGUGCGCACACAGGGAUCGAGAUCGAGACCGAGGUUUAGCAAACCAACAGGAAGACCCUUCAAUAUCGUUAAACCGCAAUAGUGAAGGCGAGAAAUCAAGAGUCGUUUCUUCCAAACUUGCUGACAUCAGUGGGCAGAGACAGUGGGAUUAUAUUUUCGACGGCAGGAGCAAUUCCCAUCCCCCGGCAACGGGGACCUAA